CGCCUGAGAAGUCUGGGGAGGGAGGAGCUCCGACAGGCGGGCUUGGGUGGCUGGCAGCGCCUGGGAGGGCCAGGUCGGAGAGGGGAAGCUCCUCCCUUGUGCGCCCCGCCGCCGCAGAGUUGACCAGUCUGUAGAAGAGAAGAGUCCGCUCCGGCUCCGGAUAAGCAGCGGCUUGGCGUGGGUUGCGCGGAGAAUGGACGGCCUCGUGACCUAAUGUCCUGCAGGCUGUAGGGCCUGCCGACCGGGCUCGCGCAGGGGGUGGAGCCGCGGGAGCGUCGGGCACUUCCGGAAUCGACCGGCUGCCUGAGUGCCCGCGCCACCCGCUACCAUGAACGAGGAGGCCAUCUGCAGCGCCCUGCCCACCAUCCCGUACCACAAGCUCGCCGACUUGCGCUGCCUGAGCCGCGGCGCGUCCGGCACCGUGUCUUCUGCCCGCCACGCAGACUGGCGCGUUCAGGUGGCCGUGAAACACCUGCACAUUCACACCCCGCUGCUGGACAGUGAAAGAAAUGAUGUCUUAAGAGAAGCUGAAAUUUUACACAAAGCUAGAUUUAGUUACAUUCUUCCAAUUUUGGGAAUUUGCAAUGAGCCUGAAUUUUUGGGAAUAGUUACUGAAUACAUGCCAAAUGGAUCAUUAAAUGAACUCCUACAUAGGAAAAAUGAAUAUCCUGAUGUUCCUUGGCCAUUAAGAUUUCGUAUUCUGCAUGAAAUUGCACUAGGUGUAAAUUACCUGCACAAUAUGAAUCCUCCUCUACUUCAUCAUGACCUGAAGACUCAGAAUAUCUUAUUGGAUAAUGAAUUUCAUGUUAAGAUUGCAGAUUUUGGUUUAUCAAAAUGGCGCAUGAUGUCCCUCUCACAAUCACGAAGUAGUAAAUCUGCACCGGAAGGAGGGACAAUUAUCUAUAUGCCACCUGAAAACUAUGAACCUGGACAAAAAUCAAGGGCUACUAUCAAGCAUGACAUAUAUAGCUAUGCAGUUAUCACAUGGGAAGUCUUAUCUAGAAAACAGCCUUUUGAAGAAGUCACCAAUCCUUUGCAGAUUAUGUAUAGUGUGUCACAAGGACAUCGACCUGACACUAAUGAAGAAAGUUUGCCAUUUGAUAUACCUCAUCGAGCACUUAUGAUCUCUCUAAUAGAAAGUGGAUGGGCGCAAAAUCCAGAUGAAAGACCGUCUUUCUUAAAAUGUUUAAUAGAACUUGAACCAGUUCUGCGAACAUUUGAAGAAAUAACUUUUCUUGAAGCUGUUCUUCAACUAAAGAAAACAAAGAGUGCUUUAAGUGCCGUUCACUUAUGUGACAAGAAGAAAAUGGAGUUAUCUCCGAACAUACCUGUAAAUUAUUGUCCACAGGAGGAAUCGUGUGGAUCCUCUCAGCUCUAUAAAACUAGUGUUUCUCCUGGAACCUCAAGGUCCCUGUCAGCUCCUCAAGACAAUUUUUUAUCUAGAAAAACUCAAGACUUUUCUGUGAUGCGUCAAUGUCCAGUAAAUCAGAGUUGUGACAGUAACAUUUCUGUGGCUCAAAGAGCAAUAUCCUGUGAUCACAGGGCUGCUCCAUGCUCUUUAGCAAUAAUAAAUCCACUCUCAGUGGAGGGAAAUUCAGAGCAAUUUCAGCCUGGUAUAACCCAACAGUGGAUCCAGAGUAAAAGGGAAGAUAUUGUGAACCAAAUGACUGAAGCCUGCCUUAACCAAUCUCUAGAUGCCCUCCUAUCCAGGGAUUUGAUCAUGAAGGAGGACUAUGAACUCAUUAGUACCAAACCUACAAGGACCUCAAAAGUCAGACAAUUAUUGGAUACUAGUGACAUCCAAGGAGAAGAAUUUGCCAAAGUUAUAGUACAAAAAUUGAAAGAUAACAAGCAAAUGGGUCUUCAACCUUACCCAGAAAUACUUGUGGUUUCUCAAUCUCCAUCUUUAAAUUUAUUUCACAAUAAAAACCUAUAAGUAACUAUUUUGCAAGAAGAAAAGUCAGUUCAUAAAAGGGUAUUUUAUAUUUCUUUUGCCUUGAUAAUGUUGUUUUUAUGAGAUUCAUAUGAAUAUUAGAAACUUUAAUGAAGUUUCUUCUUCA